AUGACCUUUGAGCCUUACGAUGACAAAACUCCUUUGGAUGUCAAAAGCGCCAAAGGUCUUCAUCUUGUCACGGAGAAUACACCCAAUGGCCAGAAAGUACAAAUAUUGCUUGAAGAACUAGCAGAUGCAUAUGGUACAGAAUGGACGACUACAUUACUAGAUACAUCGACAAAUGAGCAAAAGAAAGAUUGGUUUCUUCGCCUCAAUCCAAAUGGUCGAAUACCAAUCAUCAUUGACAACACUCAGUCGCCACCAUUUCCAUCGAUGGAGACUUCCGCGGAGCUGCUGUACCUUUUGAGGUUAGAUAAAGACCAUCAAUUUGGGUUCACCGAUGAACUUGAGCAAAGUGAGCUCUUGCAAUGGUUAUUUUUCUGGCAUGGAAGCGGUGCUCCAUAUCAAGGAAAUUUUAGAUUUUUCAGCCGCGCAGAAGAACAAAGUAGUUUCGCCAUUAAUCGAUUUCGAAAGGAAACUUAUCGAGUAUAUGGAGUUCUCGAACUACAGCUUUCCGGCAAGUACACCGGGCAACCAAAAGAAUUUCUUGCUGGCAAGGACAAAGGGAAAUACUCGAUAGCUGAUAUUGGGACUUGGGCAUGGGUGAAAAAUUGGCCAGGAAGUGGAUUUACGGAGGAAGAGAUGAAAGUAUUUCCAUCUCUACUUAAAUGGAUUGAGAGAAUUUCAGAGAGACCUGCUGUCAAACGAGGAAUUGGCGAGAAAUAUGUGAUAUGA